AUGCCUGUGAAGGAGCAUGGAAAGCGCCGUGUUGCCUAUUUCUACGAUUCGAAUGUCGGCAACUAUUAUUAUGGCCAGGGACACGUGAUGAAGCCUCAUCGUAUUCGGAUGACCCACCACCUGGUCAUGAAUUACGGACUGUACAGAGAGCUCGAAGUCUACCGGCCGUUUCCCGCUUCUUUUGACGAGAUGACAAAAUUUCACUCCGAGGACUACAUCAAUUUCUUAAAGACAGCAUCGCCGGACAAUUUGAAACUCUACAACAAACAAAUGCUAAAAUUCAAUGUUGGCGAGGAUUGUCCCCUCUUUGAUGGCCUUUACGAAUUUUGUCAACUUUCUUCGGGUGGAUCCCUAGCGGCUGCUGUAAAACUAAACAAACAAAAGGCUGAUAUCGCAAUCAAUUGGAUGGGCGGUCUGCAUCACGCGAAAAAGAGCGAGGCUAGCGGUUUCUGCUACACAAACGACAUCGUGCUGGGAAUUUUGGAGCUGCUGAAGUACCACAAACGAGUACUCUAUGUUGACAUUGAUGUUCAUCACGGAGAUGGUGUUGAGGAAGCAUUUUUCACGACGGAUCGGGUUAUGACGGUGUCUUUUCACAAAUAUGGCGACUUCUUCCCGGGUACAGGAGAAUUGAAAGAUGUCGGAGUCGGAAAGGGGAAGUAUUACUCGCUGAAUGUUCCCCUAAAAGACGGGAUCACCGAUGAAGCUUAUCAGAGCAUCUUCAAGCCAAUCAUGACCAAGGUCAUGGAGAAAUAUCAGCCAACGGCUGUUGUACUGCAAUGUGGAGCGGAUUCUCUUCACGGUGAUCGUUUGGGGCCAUUCAACUUGACGCUAAAAGGACAUGGAGCUUGUGCCAGCUUCUUCCGCGACUACAAUGUUCCGUUGAUGAUGCUUGGCGGUGGCGGCUACACACCAAGAAAUGUCGCAAGAUGCUGGGCUUACGAAACGGCCAUUGCUCUCGAUAGAGAAGUGGCAAAUGUAUUGCCUUACAACGACUACUUCGAGUAUUUCGGGCCUACGUACAAGCUUCACUUGGACCCAGGCACUGGCAACAACGAGAACACAUCGGAAUAUCUGCGCAAAGUGCAGGAGCAAGUGCUGAAUAAUCUUGAUCGAAUGGAAGCCGCUCCUUCAGUGCAAAUGCAGCCGAUUCCAGACGAUGCCAUACGAUUUCUUAACGAUACAUCCUUGGGGCAGGAUAUGGCGAAUCCAGAUGUGCGACUACAUCGCUCGAUUAUGGAUUCUCAUGUGCAGCAUGAAGGCGAGUUCUACGAUGGAGAGAAUGAGGGUGAUGAUCGUCGAAAUGAAAGCAAUGGACGGGAAGCGGCAGCCAAAUCGGCU